AUGCCGUCCAAGAAACCCGGUCGGCAGCGCAAUCGGCAGAGGGCUUCCCAGUCUGAGCCUCAGUCAGCUGAGAAGAGUCGGGACGAUGGCUUGUUAUACAAGGGAAAGUGGUACUGCAACUGCAAACCCCGACGCCGGGAAGCGUCCCGCCGGGAGGUCAAGAAGGAGGAGAGUGCGAAUAAAGACUCGCAUCCGUGUGGGUUCUGGCUGUGGGAGAGCAAGGCCCAGGGCCGGGCCGAGACGACUUUUCAACCUGAGGAGGCAGAGCAACAGCUCUUCCUGGAGAAGCCAAAGCCGGAAACCCAGAAACAGUUGACCUCCUUUUUUCAGGUCACACCAGGCCGACGUCCGGCUGAGGACGGUGCUGGGGCCAUGGAGACGCCGUGUCCUUCAACGUCUAAACGAAAGCGAGAUGCAUUCGAGACAGACGAAGACCAGGAGUCCGCGUAUGGCAUGGACUCGGGAGAGGAUGAGGAGCUGAUCGCCUUGGUGGACGAGACUGUUUCUAGCUCAAGGAAAGGCAAGGGGAAGGAGAAAGCUGCUCGUGGUGAUCCUUACAUCACGCCAGCCACUCAACGAACCGUUGAUGUGCUGGGUGGGCUUCCAACGCCGUCUGUUACACGGACUCUUUUCCCAUCUUCAUCCAACAAGCGCCACAAGACAGUGUCAUUCGAGGAGAGCCCGGAGCUGGAGACACCGUCGACCUGCACCACGGCUACGGUCGCUGCUCCCACACCAAGCUCAACAUCACAGCCCGCAACCCCGAGAACACCUGGAUCCAGCGUACCGGACGUCUCAGAGGAGGUCAUGCCCCUCCUACAAGGGCAGAGGAUCACCCCCGAUGCCCUCAAGUCGCUCCGCGAAGUGCUGGCCAACUCGGCCCGGAAGACGAAAGGUGUCGUCGCCGGCAGAGACUUCCUGAGGAGCGAGCUGAGCAAGAGGGAGACCAAGAUCGCGACGCUGCAGGGGAGGGUCGAGGCAGUGGAGAACAAGAACAAGCUGCACAAUCGCCAGGUCACGAACAUACGAGCCGGGAUCAUGAAGCUCCACGAUGAGCUAUCCAAGAAUCAAAUCUCGAGCGUGGAGGACAUCAAGGCGAGCCUCAUGAAACUUUACGAGCGGAACUAG